AUGCCCUCAAGGUCUUGGUGUUGUAAUCGACCAACAGUAGAAACCAUGCAGUAUCUUUUUCUGAAGAGUCAAUGUGCUGAUAAGGUAUGGCAGUACUUUUCCUUGGGUGCAGGUCUUACACAUGGUGUUAGCUUACAGCAGGUAUUUCAAAGGUGGUGGAAACACCCUGCAAAUGUAUAUCUAAAGCCCUUAUAUCAAGCAUUGCCCUGUGUAGUUGUCUGGGAGCUAUGGAAGAGGAGAAAGAAAAGAAGGUAUGGUGGUAAUAUCUCCUUGAACAGGCUAAUUUCUCAGGUUUCAGCAACUCUGCACAAUUUACUGGUGUACAGGUUUCCUAAGAUGAAAAGAUUGUCUUCUAAUUGGCCUGAAUUGGUUAGUGAGUUGGAGAGCUACAUCCCCAGGCUACAUUAUAGAAGAGUAUGUUGGGAAUUCCCUAGUGGACAAUGGAUUCAAUGUAAGACAGAUGGUGCAUCAAGAGGUAAUCCAGGUAAGAGUGGUGCUGCUGUGGUGUUUAGAGAUGCUGCUGGUGAUUUUUUGUGUGCUGCUACCCGUUCAAACUAA